CCUGGCCGCUCCAGGCUCCGCCUACUCCGCCCGGGAACCCGCUGCUACUGCUACAUUCUGGCUCUUUGCUCCGGCUGAGGACUAGGCCCGGGCCAUGGAGGGGCAUAGUCCUGCUGCCUCGGACGUGCGGUACCAGCCGGCCUGCCCCACGCGGGACGCCUGUGUCUACAGCAGCUGCUAUUGUUAGUGAGAGGUGUGGAGGACUGGAAAUUUGGCUUGACAGACUGAGUGACGUGUUUGAAGAAAAUAUUUGGAAACUCUGUGAAUACAUCAAAAUGCACGACCAGUAUCCUUUGGAAGAGUGUUAUGCUGUCUUCAUAUCCAAUGAGGGGAAGAUGGUACCUAUCUGGAAACAGCAGGCAAGCCCUGGGAAUGGACCUGUGAUCUGGGAUUAUCAUGUGGUUCUGCUUCAUGUGUCAAGUGAAGGACAAAGCUUCAUUUAUGAUCUUGAUACCAUUUUGCCAUUUCCCUGCCCUUUCAACAUUUACGUAGAAGAUGCCCUUAAGUCUGAUGAUGAAAUUCAUCCACAGUUUAGGAGGAAAUUUAGAGUGGUUGGUGCUGAUUCCUAUUUGAAGAACUUUGCUUCUGACCGGUCUCACAUGAAAGAUUCCAGUGGAAACUGGAGGGAGCCUCCUCCAGCCUAUCCUUGUAUAGAAACUAGAGACUCCAAAAUGAACCUGAAUGACUUCAUCAGCAUGGACCCUGCAGUUGGAUGGGGAGAUGUCUACACACUAUCUGAGUUCAUAUAUCGGUUUAGCAGCAAAAACUGCUGAACUUGAUGCCAGAAUGUGGAGCUGGAGAAUGUGAACAAGCCAUCUUCCCAUUUAGGGCAGCAGCAUGGUACAGGUGGCCAGGAGAUAUAUUUUUCUCUUUAAAUUUGAGUGGAAACAUUAAUGAACACAAACAUAAAUGAAUGAAAUAAAACCUUUUUUGAGAUUGGGGAUCUACCACCAAUUACAACCCCCACCCAAAAAAGACUUCAGACCCCAGCUUUCUUAUUGAUAUAUUACAGUGUGUAAUUGCUAAGAUAUUCCUGUGAUUUAUUUGUAAGACAUGGUGACUUACACCAGUGGUUGUGCUUGUUAAGAUAGAAGUGUGGGCUUAGAGCCAGCUCUUUUGUCUGUUCUUGAUGUGCCCUGUCUUUCUGGCUAUACGGUAAACUCCUUGAGCACAGGGCCAUGGCCUGUGGCUCUGAGAAUCUCUAUUGCCCAUAAGAGGUGCCCAGUAAAAUGUUUCUAGAGACAGCAUUGCUGCUUGGAAAGGGACAAUAUUGUGAGCUGAAUCAGCCAUAAGUAUUAGUCUUUUUGGACUAUAAUGUUGUUUAAAAAAGUUGCAUAUAUCUCGACUGAGUGUUAUUUGGCCUAUAUAUAGUUUUAAAUAAAACUGAUUUAAAAUUAA